GUUUGGCUGACGUCACGUCCGGUUAGGUCAGUAGCCGCCACCGAAGAAGAAAAGGUUGAGGUGACGUCACUUCCUGAUAUCUCAGUAGCGGGAAGUUUGCCGCUAAACGACACAGCUUGGAUCUAUUCACGAUGCCCCGCAAAGCUCCCACGGCAGGAAAAGGCAGAGCUCCGGCCAAGCGGAAGCUGGCAGAGGAGUUUCCAGCAGGAGAAGUCCUGACAGACACUAGAAAGAAGCUGUGGAAGCUCGGUGCUCCCAUUGGCCAGGGAGGAUUUGGCCUCAUAUAUUUGGCUGAUGAGGAUUCUCCAAAACCUGUUGGUGGUGAUGCUCGCUUUGUCAUCAAAGUGGAGCCAUUUGACAGUGGACCACUUUUCUCUGAGCUCAAGUUCUACAUGAGAGCAGCUAAACCUGAAUCAAUUAAGAGCUGGAUGAGCAGCCAUAGUCUGAAGAACCUGGGCGUACCCAGGUACUGGGGCUCAGGUAUGCACGAGAGAGGAGCGAAAAGGUACAGGUUCAUGGUCAUCGACAGGCUUGGCACAGAUCUUCAGCGCAAGUUGGAGGAGAGUGGAAAAAGGUUCCCCAGAAAACUGGUUCUGCAAAUUGGUCUACGACUGCUGGACAUCCUGGAAUACAUCCAUAAUCACGAGUAUGUGCAUGCAGACAUUAAAGCAUCCAACCUCAUGUUGGGCUACAGUGAUCCCAACCAGGUUUACCUUGUAGAUUAUGGGCUGGCAUUCAGGUACGCACCGGAUGGUUCUGUAAAAGACUACAAGGAAAAUCCAAAGAGGUGUCAUGACGGGACCAUCGAGUUCACCAGCAUUGAUGCUCACAAAGGAGUGGCUGCUUCAAGGCGGGGUGACCUGGAAAUCCUCUGCUACUGCAUGGUCCAGUGGCUCUGCGGUUCUCUUCCCUGGGAGGACCAGCUUCAGGACCCACUUUAUGUCAGAGACUAUAAGAUCCAGAGUCAAAAAAGCACCUCUGAGUUCAUGAUCAAAUGUUUCCCCUCCCAAGACAGACCGGACGAGCUGCAGAAGUUCAUGGAGGAAGUGAAGUCUCUGGGCUACCAGGACACACCCAGGUAUGACAAGUUGCGCACCAUCCUCCAGGCAGGACUGACUACCAUCCGGGCGGUAGAUGACGGCAACCUCGACUUCACCGCUGGAACACAAACAUCUGGCAAAGGGCUGAUGAAGAGGAAGAACGCGGCAGAGAUGAGUCAAGACACUGAUGACGCUCCAACAAAAAGGAGAAAAGUCUUCAAGAAGAAAGACGUGAGUGGUGUGAAGAGUCCUACAAAGUCCCAAACAUCCAAGAAGGCUGCAAGCACCGCAAUGCAGGAAGACUCUGAGACCACCAAGGACUCACCUGUACUCGUUAAGAAACCUCGAGGCAGGCCCAGGAAGAUCUCCUAAGUGCCACAUUUCCUUAAAGCCACCGUGCACAUCAACUUAUUCUUGUUUUGUUUGCUUCACUCACUUUGUUUGUAUCUUCUGGGCUUGAAGGUUGAGGAGCUGCAGCUGGCAUUAGAAUAGUUCUCAUUUAUAUUCUACUUCUUUCUUUCUGGGCUCCAACAGAUUUGACAGUAAUAAAGACCUUUUGCUUUAA